AUGUUAAACCCUGUGGGGAACUCACGACAAUCUGGGUCAACUGAAGACCUGCUCAGGGCACUCAAACCUACGACUGAAGACCUGCUCAGGGCACUCAAACCUACGACUGAAGACCUGCUCAGGGCACUCAAACCUACGACUGAAGACCUGCUCAGGGCACUCAAACCUAAGACUGAAGACCUGCUCAGGGCACUCAAACCUACGACUGAAGACCUGCUCGGGGCACUCAAACCUACGACUGAAGACCUGCUCAGGGCACUCAAACCUAUGACUGAAGUCCUGCUCAGGGCACUCAAACCUACGACUGAAGACCUGCUCAGGGCAUUCAAACCUACGACUGAAGACCUGCUCAGGGCACUCAAACCUACGACUGAAGACCUGCUCGGGGCACUCAAACCUACGACUGAAGACCUGCUCAGGGCACUCAAACCUACGACUGAAGACCUGCUCGGGGCACUCAAACCUACGACUGAAGACCUGCUCAGGGCACUCAAACCUAUGACUGAAGUCCUGCUCAGGGCACUCAAACCUACGACUGAAGACCUGCUCGGGGCACUCAAACCUACGACUGAAGACCUGCUCGGGGCAUUCAAACCUACGACUGAAGACCUGCUCAGGGCAUUCAAAACCUACCACUGA